GAUAUUUGGUAUAGCACAAUGGAAAUGGGUACCUCGGGGAAUCUCACCAUAAUUAUGGAGGCAGCUACUCACGCACCCCAUCACCAUCACUACCUACCUCGUCCCGCCAAACCGAUCUCCUUCUGGUUAUUCCUUCACAAACCCGUUCCCUUCCUCGGAUCCCGUUAGCACUCUCUCCUACCCAUUCGCACUACGAUUCUCCAUCACAGUUCUUGAGGACACCAAUAAUGCCAGCACGGCCGCCUCCGCCCAUGGGACCUCGUUUGCCUUCAUCCCCGUCGCGCCCGCCUGUGCCAGAUAGGGGUGGUCUUGCAUGUCCACGCGGGAACUUGUUGGAACGAAUAGAUCGCUUGCAUAUUGAUUCAGAAGAAGAAUUUCCCAUACGGCCGAGUGUGAAGCCGCUCGGGCAGAGGAGGGCCAUAAAGGAAGUCGAUGACGUUCCCACGCGUUCGUCUUAUCUCGGAUACCAGUUGGAAGAUGCAGCGCUUCAUGGCGCUCGCCGCUAUGACGAAGCGAUCGAGGCCUUUGAAAUCAUGCUGUCCGAGUCGGACAAUGCUCCUGAUAUGCAGACACAAAAGCUGCGCCAACAAUACGUCAAUCCAUCCGAUGCAGAAGGAGCUAUUCAAGAGGCCAUUCACGCUCAAUUCGACGACGCCCCACUUCGCCUACUCGACACUACUACUGGCCUCUUGUGUGAUCGAGAGGCACAGAUAUGCACCUUCAAACUGAGCACCGAAUACAAAGAACUUCUGUCAUCGAUAAUCAAUCGUGCAGAGAUCCAAAUGGAGCACAUCAAUAGAGUGGUGGCAUCCUACUUCCGUUGUGCCAUGUUAUCACAUAGAUGGGAAGUGAGGGAGCCACUGCUGCACGACAUCAAGGACAAGGUCGUGUACGAGUUGAACCCCGUCGAUGGUAUCGUGAAGUUGCAGUCGUUCUGCAAAACUGCACGCGACAUGGACUAUCGAUGGGCGUGGGUUGAUACCUGUUGCAUCGACCAGAAGAACAAUGUCGAGCUCCAAAAAUCACUCAAUUCCAUGUUUGACUGGUAUCGUCAUUCGGCACUCACGAUAGUCUACCUUUCGGAUGUUCCACCUUUAUCCAGCUCUGGCGCACUGGCGAAGAGCGCUUGGAACACGCGCGGAUGGACUAUGCCGGAAUUCCUCGCUCCCAAAACUGUUCUCUUCUACCAAAAAGAUUGGACACUAUAUCUUAGUGACCGCUCUCCGAAUCACAAGGAGUCUGUCACAAUUAUGCAGGAGUUGAAGGAUGCGACGGGCAUAGAUACACUGGCCCUCGUCGACUUCCGUCCGGGGAUGGCAGGCGCUCGAGAGAAACUUCGAUGGGCGUCCGUGCGUGUUACAACAGAGCAGGAAGAUGUUGCAUACUCACUGUUUGGCAUAUUCGGUGUCCACCUACCUAUCAUUUAUGGUGAGAAGAAGCAAAACGCGCUUGGCCGGCUCCUGCAGGAGAUUGUGGCUCAGUCGGGUGACAUUACUGCGCUAGACUGGAUCGGGAAACCAUCCGAGUUUAAUAGCUGCCUGCCAGCUGACAUUACUUCAUACAAAGCUCUGCCAUGCGCGCUGCCAUCUCUGGGCGAGGACGACAUCCAGACAUCGGUCUUAUGGCUGAAAAAUGCCGUAGAUAUUGAUGUGGCUGUUAAACUUUAUAACUUACUCGACAAGCUGGGCGCUCCUCUUUUCACAAACCGCAGACUGCGUCUGCCUUGUAUGGUAUUCCCUGUCGCAGAAGUCAGACGGAGCCGUGCUCACGACCAGGAGACACAUUUCGUGUUGUCUCGAUUUUCGCGCACAAGGUCUACUCUCCAGACAUUCUUGCUUGUCCGCCCUUGGCAUCCUUGUCUCCUCGAAUUACCCGACUUAGCAGACAAUCCACACUGGAGCAUGAGCAAUUGGUCUGCGCGCGAAUCCGUGUCCCGCGAUUCUCGCAGCGUGUUUUCUGACGAAAUAGAGUCGAUUGGUUUGCAGUCGCGGGCAUUACGAUUGAUCGUUCGCCUUGGACAGCCUUUUCGCGCAUUUUUGCUAGCACGACAGCGCGAUGGAGAAUACAAGAGAAUUGCGUCAGAUCGCGAUAUCAUUGCACAAGUCAAAGACGCGGCGGGUUCUGUUCAUAAAAUGAUGGAUGUCAGGACACUGGAAAUAUCGUAGCUUGAUCGUAGAGACAGAUCUUAACAUUUAUACCUCGAUAAUAUGCCUACGGUCAUACACAAGUACCCGAAGCUUGACUCGUAAACUAGUCUGCCUAUGCGCGCUUUUGAAAUGUUGAGGAUUUCUGCCCUACGCCACUCGAGCAUCCGUGGUAGUGCAUGCCAGGCCGGUCACAAGCCUAACU